CUAAUUAUUGCUAACAAAAAAAAAGAGUGCAUUUGACUGCUUAGGGAACUCACUACUGGAGAGCUAGAUAUUAAGUUAAGUACUUACUUUAUUUGGGUUUUUGCUGCUUCUUCUACUUUUCUACUGCUGCUGUGUGUUGUUGCUGGAUUGGCUGUGUUCUUAGGCAAAAUGUAGUGUUUUUUCUUAAAGUGACUGAAACUAGUUUAGUGUGAAGUUGGGGAGUGGAGGUUAACAACUAUCAGGUGCUUUGACUGAUUAGCCAGGGUGUGGCCUCCCCACCUGUAGCCAACAGCAAUCACCUCCUUGUAUUUAAUACUGGCAUUUGCGUGAAGCGGCAGCCUCAUCGGACGAAGACUCGGCGGACACAGACAAAGGAGUCUACGCAGGAGUCUUCGUGGGACGCUAAGUGGGAAGUUAAGUGGGCUUGAUAUCUUUUAUGAUAUCUCAUAUCUCACUUACACUGCUGUGUCUUUAUCUGGAAAUGUGCUGCUUCUCCAUUCCUGUCCGUGUUUCCUCUCGGAGAUACUACAAACCACGCAUUAGCUCGCAACAUUUCCGCAACCCCACCUGUCUUACCUAUCCCACCCAUUCCACACACAUUCAACACCUUGCUGCAGGUGGCCUGUGGAACUGCCAGUCUGCCACUCGCAAGACUGAGUUCAUCUCUGGCUUUGCCAGCCAGAAAUCCCUUGACUUCCUUUCCCUCACUGAGACCUGGAUUACACCGACCCACACAUCCAGCCCUGCUGCUCUCUCUUCUGCCCACUCUUUCACCCACUCACCCAGACCCACUGGGAGAGGCGGGGGGACAGGCCUCCUCAUUAACCCCAAGUGGAGAUUUUCUCUCUACCAACUGCCACAGUUCACUCCACUCUCUUUUGAACUUCAUGCUGUUACCAUAACGCAUCCGGUACAACUAGUCAUCAUUGUUAUCUACCACCCGCCAGGUCUGGGAGAGUUUUUGGAGGAGCUGGAUGUCCUUCUUUCAAACAUCCCUGAAACUGGCCCUCCGCUGGUACUUCUGGGCGACAUCAACAUCCAGACAGAGAAGUCAGCUGCGUUUUUACACCUUCUCUCUUCUUUUGCCCUCUCACACUCUUCUUCACCACCCACUCACAAAGCUGGAAACCACCUAGAUCUCAUAUUCACCAGAAACUGCUCUACAUCCAACCUCACUGUUACUCCACUCCAUACCAUACCAUUUCUUCAUCUCUUACUCUCUCCCACUCUCCCAAGCUCACAACCAUAUCUCAAGAGACACCAUACCUGUCUGCCGUAAUAUUCGUUCACUCUCUCCUUCUUCUCUGGCAGCAUGUACUUUAUCAACCCUCCCUCCAUCUGACUCUUUCUUAAUCAUGCCUCCCAACGCUGCCACAGACACUCUCCUCUCUACUCUAUCCUCCUCUCUUGACUCUCUCUGCCCUCUUACUUCAUGGCAGGCUCGCAAGUCCUCCCCAGCUCCAUGGUUAUCUGAGUGCACGCUGAAAGAUCAACAACAGAAAUCCAAACACCCAGAUGAUCUGCUUACCGAUCAGUCUCUUCUUUCCUCCUUUGCUGCCUCUAUUUCUGCAGCAAAAAGCGCCUUUUAUCAAACCAAAAUGUAAUCCUCUUUCUUGAACCCUAAAAAGCUUUUUUCUAUCUUCUCUAACCUCCUAGAUUCCCCCAGUCUACCUCCUCCCUCCUACCAAACCACUUUGUCAACUACUUUGUAAAAAAGAUAGAUGACAUACGCUCUUCAUUCUCCACCACACCUCCUGAAAUCACCUUACCAUCCAUCACAUCCAGUACUCUUUCCUCUUUCACUGCAUUCAGCUUCUAUGGCUUGUACAUCUGGAACAAACUACCACUAAACUGUAGGUCGGCACCUAAUCUCAGCUCUUUUAAAUCAAGGCUGAAGACCUUUUUUUUUUAACACUGCCUUUUCUUAAUUCAUUGCACUCCAUUGUGAAUUUACUUUUGUAUUCAAUCUACUUUUAAUUGUUUUUUCUUUCCAUCGUUUAUA